UAUGAUUUUUAAAUUGAACAUAGCCAAAAAUAGUAUCCGAGAUAGAAAGAAAAGUCAAUUGCGAAAUAAAGCUGCUCAUGCCGCCGAAAAAUAACUGAGAAGUCGUACUCGCUCGUCAAGAUUGUUUGUGAAAAGUGUGGAAGUUUUAAGUGAAAAAAUAUUUGUAUUAAUACAGUAAAAUAUUGCAAACAAUAUAUUUUAUGAUUUACAUGUUUAAUAAAAUUGAAAAAGUUAUAAAAACCAAAAAUUAAUUGGGUACGCAAGAUAACGCGAUUAAGAUGUAUAAAACCAAAAAGGAAGUCGAUGUAUAUGUGCGAAAAGCAUUGUCUCAAAUUCGUACCGAAAAGGAGCGUAAUUUGCGUGGUUAUAUAAUUGCCAAACAAUAUUACAAAAUAAACGAGUUCUUAACGGCUGAACAGUUUUUAAAUUUGUAUCUUAGUGUAAAUGAAACUAAUGACCAGGCAUACAAAUUGCUUGGUCAGUGCUAUCAACAUUUAAAGAAACCAGACAAGGCUUUGCAGUCAUUUCAGCGUUCACUCCAACUGAACCCUAAGCAGAAUGAUUUAUUAAUUGCUAUUUGCAGUUUGCUAAUCCAGGAUGAUAUAUACAAUGCCAGUAAGGCGCGUCAUUGGUGUGAACUUGCGGAAUCGCAAAAGGUUCAUCAUGAUGCUGUAUUUUCAUUACGUUUGAAAUUAAUCAAAAGCGAAAAUGAAGCAGAUGAUAGUCAAGCUGAGAUAAUAAUACUUAAAGAAAUCUCUGCUCAAUCCAAAGACAUUGGUCUUCGUAUUAGACUUGUACGUUUUUACUUAGAUCAGAAUAAUAUACAAGAGGCGUUUAAAUAUGCAUAUAAUGUUGAAAUGGGUUUCAACGAUUCUCUUGUUGGUAAUACUGAAUGGUACGACACGAUUUGGUUGAUGUUAAUGAAGUACGAGCAAAUGCCUAAUACUGAUAAAAACUGGGAAUUUUGGUUGUUGUUGACUAUAUGUCUGGAGCGGCAGAUAUAUUUAAGUUUUACUUGCACGGAAAUAGCUAAUAACUCGUCAGGCAAUACAGAAAUUGCUAAUUUGCUAUUUAAUUUUGAUCAAAAUCUAUAUAAAAUCUCAACUUUAUCAGCAAAGUUUAAAGCUAAGCCGGAUUUAAUUAAUGUCUUUAUGAACCAUUAUCGUGGCCAGUUUCUGCUUUAUGCAACAUCAUUGCUAUUUAAGCGGGAAUUAUUGCAAAAUAAAAAUAAAUGGAAGGAAUCAGUACGCAUGGUAUUACCUUUAAUGUUAUUGGCAGUACAAAUUAAACUGCCAGAUACUAAGCAACCGUGGACUAAACACUGUGAUGAAAACAGCAUACAAUUGUUACAAUUAUGGCAUCGAGAAGGUGCUUUUCGUAAUGUUCAGAUGGGUCGUACACUGCAUUCCUGUGUUACAGCAGAUGAUGCUGUAAAAGAUAAUACGAAAAACACUUCUUUGUGGACGGAUACAAACAAUUUGAUUUCACAAGUGCGUCAAGUUUGCGCAGAAAAGCAAUGGCGUCGUAAUAUAUUUGCCCUAUUAUUUUGCAAUAGUGAUCAGCGCAUUAAAGAGAAAAGUUCCAUGCUUAUGAAUAGUGCAGAUUUUUCUGAGCCAGUUUAUGAGUUACCAACUUACGCUGAUAUUGAAACGUAUGAAGAAAUAGCUCAGUUUUUGAAUCCAAAUUCAUUGCAGCAUACAGCGUACCUUUGCAUUGGAAAUGAUAAUUUAGGAGAUGUACGUGCCAAAUUCUUUAAUCGUUUACCAUUUUCAACACAAAACCUAACAUACUGUGGUGCGGAAUCACUCAACCAGUUAGAUGUAGACACUUUCCUAUAUGCUACUACCUUACAAGCGAAAAGACUACUAGAAGUUGAAUAUGAUUCAUGCGAUAAUUAUAAUGGUAAUGGACAGAAUUCCAAUGAUGGGAGACCACGUAUUUUACCAUUCUUAAAUAUACAUCGCAAACUGUGUACCGACGAACAGGCAUAUUGGUGGAAUGCUGCAUAUAUUUUUUAUAGAAAUAUAAGUGAUGAAAAGACUACAGAAUUACGUUCUGCGUUGCAAUUUGGUUUGGAAGCAGUACGUGGUGUAAGUGGUCCAAAAGUUGAUAUGCUUAUUUUCUUCAAGCUUGGUCAAAUACUUAUUUCACGAUGUGAACACUUAAGUAAACCAGUUGACAAAGGACUAAUUGAAGUGCGUGCUGAACAAAUUUAUAAAUAUGGUCUUGAAAUGCUUAAAUUGAAUGAGAAAGGUGUUUUGGAACCUUUUCGUAAAUAUUUCAAAUAUGCCAAUUUGCAUACAAGUGAAGUUGAGCGGGCAUUGAAUUCGGCGGCUGAAGAAGCAGUUAAAUAUUUAGCCACACGUUACUUUCAAAAAGCUGAAUACGAAGAAUUCAUUGAAGAAAUUAAAGGAGUACAACUGCCGUUUGCCACUUAUUUCCAAGCUGAAGCAUAUCGAAAAUUGGAUGAAUCUAGUAAAACUCCUAAAAAACAAAAGCGUUUAUAUUUAGAAAGUGCCACCGACUACCUAAAUCAGACAGAAGAAUUAUUAAAAAAAUCAAAUAUUAAUCCAAACCAUCCAUUGAACGCUAUUAUCAAUGGUGAGAUUAAACGUUUGCAACAAGUUUCGGCUUUGUAUCUGAAUGAAAGUGUUUCAUUUUCCAAUAUUGGGCAACAUAAUAAUUCAAGUACUUAUGAAGAUGCUCAUGGUGAGCUAACCAAUUUUUCACUGAAUAUGAACGCUGCUUUGAAUCGUUCACAACGUGACACUGAAGUUGAUAGUCUUAUCAAGCAAAUGGCCAGCACACUUACAUUUCUUAAAGACGAAAUUGUUGAUUCUAUUAAACCAGAGUUGAUUUCCAUGCGCAGUGAAGUUGCAAACAUGAAAGAAAAAAUUAGUGCUAUGGAAGAAACUAUGAAAAAAUCAAAUAUACAUUCAAAUUCUCCUUCUCGUGAUGAAGCUACAAAUGUCUUGGAUGAUAUUUAUCUGUUGGAUGAAGCUAUACAAAAUCAAUUGUUUACACCAACACAGCAACAGCAAUCUUUAACGACUCAACCAAAUUUAUAUCAAGGUAAUUUAUCAAUGAGUGGAAAUGUCUCAAGUCCUUUUGCUCAACAGCAACACCAACGUCUCAAUCCACCAAAUGCAAUGCAAAUUCAAAACGCAGCUGCCGCUGCAGCGGCCGCUGUUUACAAUACACCGCUAUAUAAUCCAAAUUUCCCAGUUAAUUUUUAUGGGUCACCUUAUAUGAUGAAUCCACAGGUAUCGGCAGCAGCAGCAGCAAGUGGAGCAUUAGGUCAACGUAGUACUUUGCCUAUGCCAUUCAUGGAUCCGGCAACUAAUUUAAAUUUUAAUAUGCCACCAAAUCCGUCAAUGUUAUCACAACCAAAUCAAGAUACCCGUAAUAGUAGUUUAUAUAGUUUAUUAAAUCAGGCAACACAUAACGCACAGCCAUUACCACUUCCUACAUCAUUGUCGUUGCCACAAUUAUUACCGCCAACACCCACAACCCCACAAACGACAUUACCUGCAACAAACCUACCACAAUCGGCUCCAGUCAUGCCUCCACAGUUUAAUAAGGCUUUAAAUAACCAACCCGUGGAAAAAGGGCCACCUGCAAAUGUGGUUAUUACAAGUUCUGAUCCUUUGCCAAAUCCCAAUAGUUCUUCAGUGCAGACACAGCAACCAACUUUAAGUGUGACAAUACCUUCACAUCAUAUUAAACCCAGCUUAGUACAGACACCGGAUAUUAUGGGCCCACAGACAACCAGUUCAACCAAUUCUAUGUUUUCGGCAAACAUAACGACAAGUCAACCCAUUUUUGGUAACAUGACCGCUGGUGUAUCACUUUUUGGUAACAAAACUGGUUUAGCUACUGUGCCAUCGACUACUACAGUUAAUCCAGAAACCUUUAGUUUCAAACAAGAUCUGGUUGCUGCUCAAGCAGCUAAUAAGUCGGUUGACAAUGAUAAAACGAAUGUAAGCAUAUCAAGUGAUCUAAACAAAAGUUUUAAUGCCGACUCAGAAGUGGAAUAUGAUCCACGUCCAGACUUUAAACCUAUUAUACCUUUACCAGAUGAAGUAGAAGUCAAAACUGGUGAGGAGGACAUGAAAGUACUUUUCUGUAAUCGUGCUAAACUAUUUCGUCACGUUGAAAAAGAAUGGAAGGAACGAGGUCUUGGUGAUAUGAAAAUAUUGAAACAUAAUAAAGAUGGUACAUAUCAUCUUAUAAUGCGACGCGAGCAAGUACAUAAGUUAUGUGCUAAUCAUAUUAUCACAAGUGAGCUGGUUAUUAAGGCCAUGAGUGCUGAACCUAAAGCUUACGUUUGGUAUGCAAAUGAUUAUUCUGAGGGUGAAAUAAAGCCAGAAAAGUUCUUUGUGCGUUUUAAGACAGCCGAUAUAGCCAAACAAUUUUACGACACUUUUAAAAAUGCACAAAAGGAUGACUCAGAACAGAAAAAAGGCAAGGAAAAUAUGCAACCACCUGCUGUGACCGCUGUAAUAAAAAAUAAUAAAACUGCACAAUCUCCAGUGCAGACAUCACUUUUUGGAGUGCAAAAAAAUACUAAUAAUUUUGCUACUAGCACACCAGCCAAUAAAAAUGAACAAGUGAAGCCAGCGCCCAAAGACAACAACACUGCAUCAAAUCCCAAAACAACAACUACAGUAACCAGUACAACUUCCAAAACGCUUUUUGUUGCACCUACCGUUAAGGAACCAGCAACAACACAAGCUUCAUCGCCCUUUGCUACUUUUAAUUUUGGCAAAUCUACUACAACGAGUCCAUCUCCAUUUGCAAAUCUUUUCAAUAACAUAGCCAAAUCAACAACAGAUCAAAUUGCUUCACCUUUAUUUGGAACUUCACUAACUCAAACUUUAAAUACCUCAGUUGGUGGUUCUAAAGACAGCCCUAUAAAUACAGCUGAUACACCAAGAAAUAGAACAAGCCAAUCAGACAAUGAAGAUGAAUACGUGCCCACUGCUGACUUUAAGCCCGUCAUUCCAUUGCCAGAUUUGAUUGAAGUAACAACAGGGGAAGAAAACGAAUUAGUGCUCUUUGAACACCGUGCGAAGUUGCUGCGUUUUGAUAAGAACACUGGUGAAUGGAAAGAACGAGGUUUGGGCAACAUCAAGCUUUUGCAGAAUAAAAAUGAUGUGAAUCAAGUACGCAUAGUUAUGAGAAGAGAGCUAGUACACAAGCUAUGUUGUAAUCAGCGUCUUAACAAGAAUACCUCGUUCAAAUUUGCUAAAAAUUCAAAAAGUGCACUGAACUGGGCUGGUCAAGAUUAUUCAGAUAAUGAAUUAGCAACAGAGUUAUUGACGAUACGUUUUAAGACGCCAGACAUUUGCCAAUCAUUUUUGGAUGCUGUAUUAGCAGCACAAAUUAAAAUGACAACUGCCACUGAAGACGAUGAUAAUGAUACUGAAGAAUAUGAAACUGAAAACAAAGAGUUAAAUGAAAAGAAUAAAGAAAAUAAAGCAAAUAUCAAAACAACAAGUGGUAAAGAAGAAGUCAAAGGUUUCGGAGACGCAUUUAAGCCAAAAGCUGGUUCGUGGACUUGUGAGGGUUGUUAUACAAAUAACAUCAGUGAUGCAAUCUACUGCAUAGCAUGUGAAGCGCCUAAAGAUAGUACUGUGCCUAAAAAGACAAUAAACCCGCUUGCGACAACCGUACCUAGUGGUACAUUUAGUUUUGGUUUUGCAGCAGCCGGUUCCAAUGAAAACAAUAACACAUCCAUAUCCAGUGGGAAUUCCAUUUUAAAUGCAUCGCAAGCAUCUACGGCUUCGGUUACAUCUUUAAAUGCUAACUUGUCUGAUUCGGGUGUCACACAUGAUUCAAAUAGUUCACUAAACUCUUCUUCGAAAAUUGGUUUUGGUGAUCAAUUUAAACCCAAAGCAGGUGCUUGGACUUGUCAAAGUUGCUAUUUAAGCAAUCAAGCUGGUUGCGAUUAUUGUACAGCAUGUGAAGAGCCAAAAGAUAAUACUAUUUCUAAAAAAGAAACAACUAAAAAUAUAUUAGCUUUAUCAAAUCCAACACAAAAAUUCACUUUUGGUUUUGGAGUAUCAACAAAUGAUACAUCUACAGCCAAACCUACCGGAUCACCGUUUACAUUUGGAAAUUUAGCGACGACAGCAGGCACAAAUGGAACGAGUGAUAUGGGCGCAACAGUUGGUGACGUAAAAUCAUUUAAUUUCACAACUCAAAAUAGUACGUCUACCAAUUCAGGCACAUCAUCUUUAGGCAAACCUACCUUUUCAUUUACACUAAAAUCCAGUUCCAUGGAAAAUCCCCAAAUGCCUAUAGCAUGCGGAGAGAUAAGUGAUAAUAAAUCAAAUUUGUUAGUUGAAGAAAAAGAUCCGGAUAAUGCCAAUAAAUCUAAAAUUGUAAAUUUACUCCCUACAAAACAAGAUGUUAAUGAUGACGGUGAUGACGAUUAUACUGAGGAAGAAAAUAAUGCAUAUUUUGCACCAGUUAUACCUCUACCAGAUAAGGUUGAUGUGGUAACUGGAGAAGAAGAAGAGGAUGUGCUGUAUGAACAUCGGGCUAAAUUGUUCCGUUUUGUUGACAGUGAAUGGAAAGAAAGGGGAAUUGGUGAUGUUAAAAUUCUACGCCACAAAAUAAAUCCACCCGAGGCACCCAAGGCCUGUGAAAUACGUAACGACACAGUUCUAGAAGUAGUGUGCAUAGCAGGCAGCGAUGGUGGACUAUCACAAUAUUUUCUACUCGAAGUUAUUGGCGGUGAUCCAUUGUACAGCAGCGACUCGACGCGUAACUUUGCCGACAAUGUGCUUGGCGACAACGAAAUUUCUACUUUGAAUGAUCAGGCAACCUCAGCUCCAAUAUUUCGCAUGCAAGAACCAAAUCCGCAAUUUCGUUUAAAUAAUCUUGAACCGGGACGAGAGUAUCAAUUUUUAGUUUAUGCUGUCAAUGCAAAAGGACGCAGUGAUCCGCCUGUGGUUAUAGAACGUGUACGUGUAGCCGCACAAUUGGGUCCGUACGAUGAAACUAUACUCUCCGAGGAUCCCACACCAGCUGAAACAACACAUCAUGCCAGCGGAGGAACAUCUAGCGCCAGUGGCACCGGAGCAAGCAUAAGUGGUCCUGAAAAACAAUCAACGUUGCUCAUACUGGCCGCAGUGGUUGCGAUAGGUGCCGUCAUAGUAACGUCAAUUAUUGUGGCGGGCAUUGUGGUCGUUUGUAAGCAUAGACCAAGGCCACCUGAGCCACAGGAUGUGCGCAAAAGUAUGAGGCCUGCUCGCAAUGAUGUACCUUCCAUGUACAUCGAAGAAGAUGAACUGAACGAUGAGGAUGCGGCAGUCGGUGGGCGUGCAGCUGAAAUACGUGUACGUGGUGCUCCAGCAAUGUUGGGUCCACGUUGCAGUGCUAGCACCACUAGCAGUCAACAUCUCCUCUCUUUUCCUCAUCUCCUUAUGAAGCUGUAUUCUAUCUUUUCUGCUAAUCCUAUCUAG